UCUUCUAAACCAGUUUUAUAAAUAAUUUAUUAUUAAAUCUCAGGUCUAAAAACAACAAUAACUUAUUUUAAAACUGCUACUGGUUUCCAAAUCUAUUUAACUACAUUGGGAAAAUAAAUAAGAAGUUACUAAUAUUACUUUUAUUAAGUCUUCAGUGCAUCCAACACUAGUACCAAAAACAUCCCUGUACCAGUAAUAAAUAAGUACAUUUCCGUGAAGAAAACAGACAACAGACGACAGGUCGGUGUGUGUUGUGUAUUUUGAUAAAUUUUAAUUCUUGUCAAAAAUGCAAAUAAGACAAGAAGAUACAGUUCUCAGUGUUAUAAAUAAUCCAGUGACGUAACUCAGUGUAGGUAUUUCUUUUUAUCAAGGGUGCCAGGGAAACACAAUAACAAUGGAGCAACUAGGAGAUCGUGUUUAUGCCGCCGAAAAGAUUAUGAAAAAACGAGUUCGAAAGGGCGUUGUAGAGUAUUACGUUAAAUGGAAAGGCUGGAGUCCCCGAUAUAACACUUGGGAACCCGAAGAAAAUAUCCUAGAUGUUCGUUUGAUUGACCUCUAUGAACAAUCUCAGAAGUCUGAUGGCACUUCAAAAAGAGGUCCGAAGAAAAAAGAGAGACAUGCUGCACCGGUGACUGUAGACACUGAAGAUGAAGGCGUCAGAAGUGGGGAAGAGAGUCAGGACGAAACACCGGAGACUAGCACUAAGUCUAAACUGAAGCACGAAAAUACAGCCAAUGUAGACGAUGAAGAAACCCGAGCAGGCUCGGAGGAAACUUCAAGUGCUUCUGUGCCGACAGUGUCGACGGCAGAUAAUGAAAACUCAAAUAGCUCCAGUAGUGAGGAUAAGAUACCUUUAAUAUCUCGGAUCGACAUAGGAACUAAGAGGAAAGCAGCUGUAUUGUCCAAGGAGAGUGGCAAAAUCGGAGUUACCAUUACGACUAGUCCAACUAGUUCCAGUCCACCACCAGCUAAGGCUCCGAAACUAUCAUCAAAGCAACAAUCCUCCUCGGUCAGAUCCAAUGGCCACCAGUCCACCAAAUCGGAAGAGGAAACAUCUGCGAUUCCUUCAGCUUCGAGCCCUGCUGCAUUGACAGCAACCGCCCCAAGGACGAGUACCGACAAGAGGCUGAUUCCCACAGACGCAACUCUCCCACAUUCGUCCACAAAAGAACCUGCUUCUCCUAAACCAGUGGCAUCGCGCACAGACGAUAAGAGGUUAGACAAGAAAGCGGACGUUAAACCGGAGAACGGUUGCUCUGACGAGAAACCCGUAUCGGUAAAUGGACAUAAUAAUAAUAACGUUGCGAGUGAAGUGCCAGUUCUUACAAGUCCCGGGUCUGAAUAUUGGUUAGCGAGAAAUCCCGUGGCAGAUCAGGUUUUCAUUACUGACGUCACAGUCAAUCUGAAAACGGUGACCAUUCGGGAAUGCAAGACUGAAAAGGGUUUCUUUAAGGACCGUGAUGAUAAGAGCCAUUCUAGUGAUAUAAUCUGACUUGGUUUUCUGAAGAGUGGGCUUUCUUUUUCGAGGAUGUUGACGGAAAAGUGGACUUUGUACAGGGUAGCUCGUUUUUUUAGAGCGUUUUUUAUUACGUACGAUUUUAUCGUUUAAGAUCUGAGUAUUUUUAUAUUUCGUGUGGUAGAGUUGUUUUUAGACUGCUGGUGCUAAAUUUCUUAUUGAAAUUGGGAAUUGAUACUUAACUACCCUGUUUGACUUUUUUAUCUACACUUCUCGGUAUAAUUUUUUAUACAAAUGCAAGACAAGGUGUUCCAGUCUGAGAAGUCAAACUUUAACCAUAGAUAGUGCUGGAAAAAAGUUGAGAUUUUCUUAAUAUACCAAGGCGCUAUUUUGUACUGUUUUUCACAUGAAUGUUUGGGAAUAAAAUUUUUGUCAUUUUAAGAAAUAAAAUAUUUUGCAGUUUUUAAUUUUAUAACAAUUACAUAACGCAUAACACAAAUUCUUAGGUUUUAAUUGUUUAUGCUUAUUUGUUCUCUUUUAUUCUGUUUUGUACACAAUGAAAAUUUUCCAAAUGCAAAUUUGAGAAUUUCACAACCUUCCAGUUGAAAAGAAAUUAAGAAAUAUUUUCUUAUGUUUUUUUUUGCCUGUGGUUAAUCUUUAAUUUAUCCAUACUGGAACACCCUAUAUAUAAUUUUUAUG